UCACCCGACUCCCUGACACUCUUCGUGCGGUCAGGGACCACUUCCUCGCUCGCUGCCCCACUGAGCUCACCGUUGACCUGCUCGAAAAGGAACUGCUUGCAGCUGAGACUAGCAUAGUCGCUGUAGCUGCCUCUCGUGGCGACCCCCGCACCCCUUUCUUCGAGGGGUGUUCCCCUUCCCCCCUUCUCCCCUCUGUCGCCUCUGCUGCUGCUGUCGACCUAGUUGGUACUGAGCAGGUCGGGACUGCGUCCGCUCCGAGCUGGCGCCGCAGCGGCAAGGGCAAAGGGGGCAAGGGAGGUGGAGGUGACGGAGGGGGAGGCGGUGGUGGGGGCGGUGGCGGCGGUGGGGGCGGUGGCGGGGCUGGAGGGGCUAGUGGCGGCGGUGGGGGUGGUGGCGGCAGCGGCGGAGGAGGUGGCCGGGGUGGGGCACGUCCACGACCACGUCCAGGUCCACGUCCACGUCCACGUCCACGUCCACGUCCUCGUCCAGGUUCAGGUCCACUCCACGUCAACGUCCAUGGCGACCACGUCCACGUCCAGGUCCACGUCCACGUCCACGUCUAA